CAUAGCGUUAAAUUCUGCAAAGCAGGACAAAGAGGAGUCUGUUUCUGCAGAGGAACAUCAGUGAAUGCUGAAAUCUGUCUUAGAAACAUUAUCGUCGGGUCUUCUGCUCACUGAGGUUGGUGGCUGUGUGGCAGGUGACUCUUUUGCAGUGUUAAGUUGCAGUUUGUGCUGUGAGGAUUUUAAAAACUCAACAUGAGUAAUUUUCAUGGCGAGCUGACUCAGAGAGAGCAGGAUUUACUGAAAAUCCGCCGGGACAGCGACACAAAGGCUGCUGAACUUGUCAAGAUGGAGAAGAUGCUUCAGCAGACCAAGGGCCUGUUUGAGAAGAAGACGGAAUCUGGCUCAGAGAGCAUGGGCUACCAGGAGAACAUGGUGGAGGACCUGGAGGAGAGAGUGCGCUCCACCAGACGGUAUAGGAGAAACUCCCUUCAUCACACACAGAUGCUGGAGAGCCAGAUGAAAACAGUGAAAGGAGAGCUGGUGGGCACUCUGGACCAUCUUGAGGAGCUGAGGAACGUCCUGCGUCGCUCACAGAAGAAAGCAGAGGAGCGUACAGCUGCGAUGGAGAAGCUGGCAGCAGGGCUCAGGUGAGCAAAAUGCUCUGAAGAUGCUUUUUUGCUUCCAUACUAGGUUUUCAAGUUCCAAAACUCCAACUGAAAAUCUGGCCUGACACCCUGCACCCUGCCAACAACCAUGUGCAGAGUUGAAAUCUCACAAGACCAGCACUGGUUUAAUGGAAAAGGAGAUUGAGCUCUGUGUUUGUCCUCCGUCGCUGCAGGGUAGCCAUUGAUUUGCAUCCCAAGCCUUUAUUUCAGAGACUUUAUUCAUUCAUUUCACAACAUGCUUCCUAAAUUCCCCCAUCUUAGUCUGAGCGAUCCCAUAGUUUGAAGGCUUAAUGUUGACAUGUUUGGAAUAUGUUAUUUUGUGCCUGUCGUUCACUUUUUUUUGCAUCUCAUGAGAAAGAACCUGAAGAGGAUUUAAAAUGAAGCUGUUCAGAGUUCAUGCUGAAUCCGGUGUGAAACAUCGACUUGAAAAGAUUUAAGGAUCAGAUAGCCUAAUACUUCAAUGUUUUUUUUUUGUGUAUCAUAUAUGUAUCAGUAUAUUUAAAUCAAUUGUUAUGGCUUGAAUAGAAACGUGCGUGUUGUGUUUGUUUGAUGUAAAACAGGAGGAAACUAAUAAUCAUAAGUCAGACAAAGAAAAACUUCAUUUUCAUUUGAUGUUAUCUCUGGUGUUUAAAUAUGUUCUUUCAUUUUUGUAAUUACUACACUCUA